UGAUUGUAGAAAUGGAAGCUGCCGCCAACUGUCAACAUCUUACACGUAAAUGCUAUGAGCAAUUUUUAAUGUUAUGAAAUGCAAAUGAUUAUUUUUAUCAACCAUUUCUUUCUGUUCAAUAUAUGACACUAAUAAUGAAGAAGUGAGGUGUCCAAAAGAUUGUAAAGAAUCCAGAUUCCUUUACCAGACACACAAAUAUUCCACAGAUCAAGAACUGCUACAUGAUUUAAAGUGAAACAAAGGCAAUCCCAUCUCUAAACGAAACCAAAAAUAAAUUUUCAAUGCCACGGAAUGACCGUAACCUUUCACAAGUCAUGUUUUAAAACCUUGACAUCUAUAUUAACAACACUUGUUAAUAUAAAUUUACAGAUAUUGAAAAUCCAGAAAAAACUAUAACUAGGACUUGUUGCCAAACCUCAGUUACUCUGGAUUGUCAACAUCUAACUGUAAAACCACCAAAAAUUUGUGUCUUUUUAAAGUUUUCUUGUAUGUUCUGGAUCUUUAGGGUAUCUUAUUUAGAGUUUACAAAGGUGGGACAUCACUGCCAUAAUUUGAGUCAAUUAAUUAUGAAUCAAUCAGUUAAAGGAAAUAAUAAAAAACCAAUAUUCAAAAUUGUAAGUUAGUUUGAUAGGAAGCUUUUUAGAACAAAAUAUUGUUCAAACAAAUUAUUUCAAAAUGAAAUUUCUUCAAGAAAUAUUCUUUUUCUAUUAAAAAAAAUAUUCCUUUGAACAAAUUGCUUUCAUAUUUAUUGCCGCAUACCGAAUCAAAUGGCAGCUGAGCACGCUGAAAAUCUUCCUCCAUUUUUUUUUUUCAAGCUGUGACUGUAUCAAUGGAUACUUUGGUAAACCCUGCGUCAACUACGACGUGUGUUUGAACCUGCCGUGUGGAGUUGGUGGCGUAUGUAAGAGCUUUGAUGUCAACAACAACUCCAUAGCUGAGUACAAACCCUACUACCAGUGUGAGUGCACAGAUGACUGGUACGGACCAAACUGCCAGUAUGUGAACCUGUGCAACUCUGGUGUAAGUUGUUUCUGGUGUUUCAAUUUACCAGUAUUCAUUUUUUUCUUAAAUACAUAAAUUCAUAAAUCAAGGGAAUCUUAAUGGUUUAGGGAAAGGGGGGGGGGGGGGGGGGGGGGGGGCAUCAUAGGAGUGAAUAUAAUAUAAGAAGAGGGUGUGAGAAAGCAAGUGGAGGAGGAUGUUGCAAGCUAUGCAUUUUGACACUUCUGAUAUUAUUAAGGGACUUAAUGAAGUUUUUUUUAUCUUUGGGUGAAAUCAGUUAGCAUUAGACAGCCAAUUUAAAAAUAAAAACAUUCCAAACCUUCAGAUUAAUUUAAUGAUAAAAUUUAAGUUAUGUAUUCAACUCACCUGUGUAACAGACAAUGAAAAAAAUAAUUUGUUCAGCAUGAAAAUAUCUCAAAAUUGCAUGCAAAAAUCAAAGUGGCAACGUCUCUUCUUUGUUAUUGGGAGCACUUUUUUUUUUAUCUUAAAGCCAUGUCAGAAUGGAGGAACCUGUAACAACAUUCCCCCAAACAGCUUCAAAUGUGAUUGCCAGCCUGGUUACAACCUGACGGACUGCUCUGGUUACAACCCUUGCUACAGCCAACCAUGUAAGAACGGAGGGGAGUGCUUGGUCGAGUUUACCGAAAGUUACCGCUGCGUGUGCCAAGAAGGGUAUCUUCCACCGGACUGCUCAGAGUUUGACCAGUGCUUCCAGCACGACUGCAAAAACGGGGGGACCUGCGUACCAGAUUCAGCCUAUGGCUACCACUGUGACUGCCCACCUGGAUACCUACCCCCAGACUGCUCAGCACGCAACACCUGCUACGUCAAUGACUGCCAGAAUGGUGGGCUUUGCAGGAACCUGUCCCAGACGACAUACAAAUGUGACUGUAAUCAAGACUGGACGGGUGCCAGGUGUGAGCUGAGGGCCGCGUGUCAGGCGGACCAGGAGGGAUGCAUAUGUGUGAACGAAAGGCUGCAAUGUCCUCAGAGUAAGUGUGGGUUUUAUUUCAUUGGUGAGUUGGUGCACACAUUGUGGCAUGCUGGGUAGUAUUGAUGUCUCUCACUACAACAUGUAUAUUGGAAGGCAGAAAAAUUUUGCUAAAAUUUUCUUUUUUAUUUUCUUUUUAAUAAUAAAUACAAGUAGAUUAUUUUUAUGAAAGAGAAGGAAAAUAAUUAAGAUAAGAAUGAGUUAGAAUUUUUACUUUUCUAUAUUUAUAGGGUAGGCCUAUAUAUAAUUUAAAAAAAAAAAUCAGAUGAAGUUUGUGACUCAACUUUGAUAAACUUAAAACAAAAAUAUUUAUUUAAUGAUAAAAUAUUUGUAAUAAAAAAAAGAAAUGGUUCUUAAGAUUAUUAUGAAAGUAAUCUCCGAUAAAGAAUCUUAAUAAAAUGAUACAAAUUAUAUGAGUAGAAGCUGUGUAAGUUUAUAUUAACUAUUUGAUCUUUUCAUAGCUGGAUCAGUGUCCCAGAAGCUCAAUAACUUGUUGGAUCAAACUUCAGACCCUUCCAAAUUAACUGUCAAGGAAGUUGUCUUCUACACUGAUGAGCUGCUGUAUCUCUAUAAUGAAACCCUAUUCAAAAAGGAGGUAACAUUGCUAACACACAAAUGACGCUUCUGUAAUGAAACCCUAUUCAAAAAGGAGGUAACAUUGCUAACACACAAAUGACGCUUCUGUAAUGAAACCCUAUUCAAAAAGGAGGUAAAGUAGAUUUACAUUGCUAACACACAAUGAUGUAAAACAGGGAGAUAUACCAUUAACAACUAAUCUCAUAAGUCCACAAAAUUGCUAAUUUAUUUUUUUUGUAGUUAAAGACAACACUUUUAUAGAAAGAAAAAAACAACAACCGCCUUUAGAAUUUGAGCCUCUUAUGCAAUCACUGCUUAGUAAAAUGUUUAUGAACAGGUUGCUGUGAUAUUUUUUUUUAUAAUUUAAAACAUUUUCUUAAUAAUUUUUAAAUAAAAUAACUUGUAUAAUAUAAGACAAUGAUUAAAAAUAAAAAUUAAUCAUUGCGAGUGUGUUGAUCUUUACUUGAGUGGGUGUCAUCAAAAUCAAUCAAUGUGUUGUCCGGAGUAUUACUUUAUCUAAAUUAACUUAGUCAAAAGUUAUUUAAUAUUGUGGUAUCAAAAAUUAUAGAUAAAACUCUUUCAUACUGAAAGUAAUAAGUUUGUAAAUAAUGAGUUCAUCAUUUCACAGUAUGCCAGCAUCGCCUUCAACGUGGUGGGAAAUCUAGGACGUGCCAAUGUUUCAGUGAGCAAUGAAGCUGAAGUACUCAACAGUACUAAUACCAGGUAUGUGUGUCUCAUAUACAUACUUCUGGCUUCUGUUUUAUAUUGCAUGGGUUCAUAAAUGGAGGUCUACAAUAUUCUUACUGUUGUCAAAUUGAAAUUGAUUCAAUCCAAAAGGAAGACAACUGUGGUGAUCUGACUUAUGAUUUAUUAAUGAGGGACAUCUCUCGUAUGAGAUCUCCUCUUGGCACUCUGUCUAGGGAUUCGUUAUAUAAGCCAAGUCACCACACAGACAUAACAACCUAUCUAUAUACAUAUAGUAUAGACUGCAAUGAAACCUUUGUUAAAGGAGAUAAUAACUACAAGUAUAUUGAAUAAUAAUAUUUACAAACUCCUCCGUAAUACACUCUUGGUGCUUAAUAGAUAUACACCAAAUGGAUUUCAUCCAAUUAGAAAGGUAUAUCAAUACAAAACAAGUGUCCCUAACAUACAGACUGUAUCAUCAUUAUAGAUGCUAUAUUGCUAAGUUCCAUGAUCAAUCUUUGUUGACUUAGCCUUUAUAAUUUUUGUGCUGAUCUCGGUAGAUCACACAGUGUGGGAGCUCCUUCUGUUCCUGAAGCGUGUCCCUGUUCCGAUCUUCGGAGCUGUUCUAAGCGUAGCGAAGUCGGAGUUCCCGGUCGUAGAUUCCGUGGGAUCUUUGCGAUGGGGAUGUUGACUCUCCAGCGAUAAAUCAUGGUAGUGAGAGUCCCUGGAACUCGAAGUCCUUCUAGUAGCUGUCAGGUAGUUUGGUGUAGGACCUAAAUCUAUCCCCUAGUUCCAGCUUCAAGGUAUGUCGGUCCAGUAAUAGAAACCAGGUAGUACUCUAGGUAGCGGUCGCAGUUACAUAUCACGCUGAUGAAGGUCUAAGUCUAGAUCCUUCCAGCGUCCACAGUCAAGUGAUCAGAUCAUAAAAGACAUAUACUUGCUAGUAUCCUAGGUUGCAGUUAUAGAUCACGCUACUGAAUUCUCUAGGAAGUUAUCUUCAGUGUUCACAUUCAAGUGAUAACGCUAUGAAGUCUCUAGGAAGUUAUCUUCGGCAUUCACAGUCAAGUGAUGAAGAUCAUAAAAGAAAUAUUCUUGCUUGUUCUGGCUAUUUAUUCGAGUUGGGUGAUGAUUCAAUUGGGUGAUUUAAAUAUUGUAUGUUUUCCCAUCCAAUGACAAUCACUUUCGAUGUUGCGGGUUUGACCUUUUACCCUCAAAGUUUAUUGGGCUUAGGAGAAAAUCCAAAUUCACGCUUUGGCGUGAGUUUUCUGGUUUAGAAAUUCAAUAACAACAAGGGACGAUACUCUGCUUUGCUGUCUUCAGGGCAAAAAUGAGGGUGGACAUGGUAUUAUUUUCUCAAGGUUCAUCGGUGAGAGGGUUGAACACAAACUCCAUGCUUUUUGGGGUGAGCGAACUGACGUGGAAAUGCGAUAACACUAAGGGGAGUCACUCGUGCUAUGUGACUGCGGGGCAACUUGAGGGGAGGUGAAGGUAUUAUAUUACAAGGGUUUUCAAGGGCAGAUUUAGGGUGGAGUAAUUUUAUAAAGUCCAGCCUCAGAUCGUCACAACAACCAAUGCAUUUCUUUAGAUGAAUAAAGAGUUUGUGCUCAAUCUGUCACAAAGCAGGGGAAACCCUAUCUAAAAACAUGGAGGAGUGUAGGAAUGAGACCAAGUUGCAACGACAACGGCAUAAUCAGGGGCUAAUGGCAGGAGUGAUCCAAGCUGAAAAUAAAUAAAAUUGGUGGAUGGGAUGGUUUGAUCAAGAAAUUAAAGAUGACCCAUUUCAUUAUUUUUUUUGUAAUUUUAAUAAAACUUAACUUUUCAGGCUGCGUGAGUUCCUAGACAAUUACACGUCUGAAGUCAACAUCACAUCUGAUGGGGAGAUAACUAUUCCAACCAAUGAUUUUGAGGUUAAGGCUGUCCUAUUGAACAGAACGGAUGAUCAGCAAAACUUCACAUUUGUGCUGGAG